GGUGACUGAGGACAAGCAGUGAUCAGGUCUUUGUGAAUAAGAUAUGUGGAGUCUCGUUCUUCUAAUUUGUUCCCUGCCUGCUUCAGGUGCAUUGUCAGCGAAAAAGAAAGUAAAAGGAAUUGUGGGAAAAACGAUUACAAUAAAUUGUUCUUAUGACAAACAGUACCAGCAAAACAUGAAAUACUGGUGUCAUGAUGGUACUAAUCAAUGUACAUAUGUGGUGAAAACAGACAAUCCAGAGGGACAGUGAGGAAGAAUGUCACUUAAAGAUAACAAGGCACAAGGAGUAUUUAUUGUUACAAUGAAAAACCUUCACAGGGAAGAUACAGGAUGGUACAGCUGUGGGAUAGCUCGACCUGGCCUUGAUUUAAAGUUUGCCCUAACGCUACAAGUAUCUUAUGAAGCGGUAUCUGUUCCAGUAAUUUCAUUUUCACCUUCAUUAAAUUUCCCAUGCGCAAUGUCAGCCUCCUGUGAAUCUGACCAAAGAUCGCUCCCUAUUCAGUACGCAUGGUAUGAACAGUAUUCAUCUAAAAACUCAAAGGUCUCUGACACCAAUAAACUGGAUCUACGUUGUCAGUCCUUCACACAGCAACAUCAUCAAUAUUACUGCACAGCCUCAAAUGCUCAGGGAAUGAAAUCCAGUGAAAUGGUUAAUGUGUCAGUCAUCCACAGCUCAGAUGUGAUCUGCAGUUAUAUGGCACAAAUCCACAACAGUACAGGAUUUGAAUUUAGUUGUGAAGUUUUUCCAAUAACAUCAACCAUAUCAACAAUAACUUCAACCACAUUUUCAAGACCUGCGUCUGUCAGCAAAAGCUACAUCAUCUACAGUGUUAUACGUUGGGUGCUCUUUGCUGUCCUAGUGAUUUGUGCUGUUUCAGUGACAUUGUUUACAAGAAAAUCUAAGGCACUCAAUGAAGCAGAUGGCCAUAACGACACCAAAGUGUGAAGAUCCCCAGGCUACGUAUAUGUGAAUGGGAUUUUUGGUCUGAAUCAUAUCAUGCCCCUUGACUGAUUUCAGAGAACAAAAUGGACUUUGUCAUCAAAUCAACUUGACCACCAAACUGGGGAAGGAAGAAACAAAAACAAAAGCCUUUUCUUUGAAGUUGUUGUGUCUCUAACUGCACCUUAGUGUUAACCUACUGUUCUUGCGCUUCCUGGUUGCACAACUGGGAUGGUUUGAAACUGACACAGAAAUUGCUUGUGAAACUCAGCAAGUCUGGCUGAAGGAAGAAAGCACAGUGAACAUUUUGAUCCAGUGACUCUUCGGCAGAAGUCUUCUGGACAUGAAACAUUAAAUCUACUCUCCUCCCACAGACACCACCAGACAUGCUGAGUUUCCAGCAAUUUCUGUUUCUAUUUCAGAUUACCAGCCUUUCAAGUCUUUUUGUUUUACUUUUGAAUUGCUUGAUAUUUUUAUCAUGAAUU